AUGUCAGGUGUAGGUGCGAGCUUUGGCAGUUCGAGAAAACUGCACUUGAGUAACCGCAAUUUGUUCUUACUCUGGAUGAUAGCUGAUACGGCGUUAAUGAUACUCAUUACAAUAGGAAUGAUUGUAAUGGUGAACAAUGAAGAGGAGGUGAAUGAAUGGAUUAGAGUGAACAGUUGGGUGACAAUCAUUCUGAUAAUUCUUGGAUGUGUUCCAAUUCUUAUUCUUGUGUUAGUCAAGGCACUUGGAAAUAACCGAGAAAUCGACCAUUAUCUAAUAGGAUUCAGUACAUCUCAAGGCCUAAUGAAAGCAAAUAUUCUAAAUCCGUAA